AUGUAUUUCAACUAUCUUUUGCUGACAACUAGUAGAACUUUAACAUAUACAAGAAAUAGUCUAUCAUAUAGUACUAUUUCUGGAACAUUUUCUCAUCAAUAUAAAAGGUCUGUAAAAAAAUGGCAAUAUUUAAAGCUUCAAAUAUCAAAUAUUCAUACGACUCAAAAGCUUUGUUAUCCUACAUCUUUAACUAUAUGCCUUGGUUCAAUUUUAUGUGGUUAUUAUGUAAGAAAAUGGUGGUUGAGACAACCAUUAAUGCAACAACAAAUGUAUAUAACAUGGUAUAAGCAAAAGAGACAUAUUUUUUAUGGUUCUUUGGCAUUCUUAUCAUUUAUUUUAUUUAUUUAUUGUUUAACAUGUUUUGAGAAGGAUCGAAUAUUGAAGAAACGACGUUUUAUUUUAUUUAAUCAAGAUCUACGAAUUAAAAAUGCUAAAAUCCUUUUUAGAGUGAUAGUACAAAAUAAAGAAAAUGUAGUACCAUUAAAUGAUCCUAAGUAUGUAAUUGUUGGCAAUGCAAUAAAAAAAUUAAUAGAAUCUAACAAAGAAAUUUUUGAAGGAUUGGAUUGGACAGUAACUAUAAUUUAUCGUAUAUUUAAUAUGGCAUCACUUCCUAAUGUUUUGAUUUUACCAGAUAGAAGUAUUAUUAUACUUUCUGAUAUGUUUGAUCUCAUUAAAAGCAAUGAUCAAUUAAUAUUUAUUUUAGCUCAUGAAAUGUCACAUGAAAUGCUUCUUCAUACAUCAGAAACAUUAUCUUUCGGAAUACUAAAUGACAUUACAACUAUUAUCUUUUCAUUUCUAAUUUGGGUUUUGUUUCCAAGAAGAAUAGCAGCCAUACUUUGUUCAAGUUUUUAUAUAUUUUCUUCAAUUAUUUUUGCUUGGUAUAGAAGAUCAUCUGAAAUUGAAGCUGAUGAAGUUGGGAUGGAAUUAGCUGCAAAAGCUUGUAUUGAUCCUAGAGAAAUUUUAGUAUUCUGGGAGAUUAUGAAAGUAUUUGAAGAGCUUAGUAAAGCGGAUAAAUUUGAAAUACCAUUAUUUAUGCAUCAUCCUAGCUUAAAGAAAAGAAAGAAAAGAACUAUUAAACUAAUGCCUAAGAUUUUGAAAAUAAGAAAACAAGCCGAGUGUCCUGAAUUACCUGAAAAGGAUCCUCAAGAUAAUUUACCACAUUAUAUAAAGGAUAUCGAAAAAUUUGUAUUCAAAGAUUCAAGAAUUUUAGUUGGAGCACCAAAAGGAAAUUAUUCUUGGUCUUCAACAAAAAGAUUAUCUUAUUUGAUCGAGCCUGGUAUUGUGUAUCGUUGUGAAAUCGAAAAUUCACAUUUGUAUGGAAUUGAAAAUCAUAAAUGUCAAGAAAUUAAACCAGAAAAAAUUGAAAAUGAAAAAGGAUACAUAACGCAACUCGGAAUGAUGAUGUGGAUACGAAAGCAAUAUGGGUGGUUCGGAAGUGCAAUUGCAAUAGAUAGAAUAAAUGGAAUUUUAACAGCAUGUGCACCACGAACAAUUGUGGCACUUUUAUAUAAAUCUUUAGAUAUUAAUUUGGAAACUAUGCAAGGGAUGUGUUAUAGUGGAAAAAUUUCUUCGAAUACUCUGAUAAUUGAAGAGAAAGAUCUUAAGUUUUAUGAUUUUAUGUCAACAUUUUGGUACAAUCCGAUACAUGGAUUUUCUGUUCAUUAUGCAUCGACAAAGGUUUGUAAAUAAAAUUCAAGAAUAUUAUUAUUUUUUAUUAUCAAAUAAAUAAUUUAAAAAAGAAUUUAGCAAAAUGAAAAAAAAAAAAAGAAGAAAAUAAAUCGCAUCAUAGGAGAACCAAAACAUGAAGAUUAUGGAACUGUAGAUAUACAAUAUUCAAAUAAAAGAAUGACCGUGGAGUUACCAUUAAAUGACGAUUUAUCUCAAUUUGGAUACAGCGUUGAAUCUGGUUAUUUCUUUAAAAGGGAUCAAUUACUAUUCGCAAGUGGAGCACCAGGUUGGAAGUAUAAAGGCUCGGUCGGAAUAAUUAAUCCAGCAUCGAAUAUAUCAAUCAUCACGAAAUUAUAUGGUACUCAUAUUGGCGAAUAUUUUGGAGCCAGUUUGGCUGUAGGAGAUUUAAAUAAAGAUGGUUUGGAUGAUCUUCUUGUUGGAGCACCCUAUUGGGGAGAAGAUACCGGUAGAGUAUAUAUAUAUUUUGGUACAUCCAAGGAACAAUUUGAAAUGGCUGUAAUUUUACAUGGAGUUGCAGAAGGAGGACAUUUUGGAUAUGCCAUAGCUAGUGGUGAUUUAGAUGCUGAUGGAUUUGAUGAUAUUAUUGUGGGAACACCUUGGGAAGAUGAUGGAGUUAUUUAUGUAUUUAAUGGGACUCCAGAUUUAAAGAAUAUGAAUUUAAAAGAAUCGCAACGAAUCGAAGCUGUAAAAUUAUUUAAAUAUAAUUCUUCACAAAAAAUACUUCGAUUUGGAUUUUCAAUAUCAAAACCGAUUGAUAUUGAUAGAAACGGAUAUUUGGAUAUCGCAAUUGGAGCAUACAAAUCAGAGCAUGCUAUUAUAUUACGUAGCAAACCAAUAUGGAAAACAGAACUUUUUAUUGAAACUAUACCUAAUAUUUUGCAAAGAGAUGCUAAACAAUUUUUGGUCAGAAUAUGUCCACGAUACAAUAUGUAUGACAUGUUACACGAUAUUGUCACAGAUACUAUAAAAUUUAGGAUUACAGCCAUUAUAGACGAACGUUACCAGCGAACUAAAGAAACAAUUUUAGAAAUGAAAUCUUCUAAUUUAAGUAUUUGUCUAUCUAGUGAAGUUAAUAUUUUGAAAGAUAUACGAGAUUUUAUCGAGCCUAUUAGUAUAGUUGCAAAACAUGAUUUUUUACACGAUAACGUAUCAAAUGAGUUUUGUAAAUUUUGUCCUGUUGAAAAACACAACAAGAUACAAAAUGUAAAAGUUUUACUUCCUUUUAAUAUUGGUUGUGGAGAAGACAAAAUCUGUAAUUCUAAUAUAUCUGUUACUGCAAAAUUUUAUAAUGUAAGAGAUAACAAUAUGUGGAUAAUUGGUUCAAAUGAUAUAAGUUUAAAAAUUAAUUUAAAAAAUUAUGGAGAACCUGCAUAUCUUACCACACUCGAAUUUAAGUUUCCUGAGAGAGUAAUAUUACGUAGUAUUUUACCCUCUUGUCAAGAAGAUAUUUCUAAAGAGAAUUUAAUAGUAAUUUGUGAUGUAGGAAAUCCUAUUUGGAAAGAAGAAGAGAAAAAUGUCAAAUUAGAUUUAAAUAUGAAAUAUUUGAUUAAUGAAUCAUUAUAUGACCAUAAAUUAUAUUUUUACAUAACAAUAAAAACUCGUAGUAUAAAUCAUGGAAUGACAAAUAUAAUUAAAACUCUUAAUUUAGUAAACGAAGUUUCUCUAUCUUUACAUGGAAAAGCAAAUGAAGAAGCCUAUUAUCUAACUACUUUAAACGAAAUUGCUCAAAAUGUUACUUUUCAACAUACUUAUCAAGUAUAUAAACUUGGGGCAUCACCAAUAGAAGUUGCGCAAUUGAUUGUUAAAAUACCACUAGCUUUUAAAGACUUACAUUUGAUAUACAUGUAUAAAUCUCAAUUAUACAUAUCAGGAAAACUUUUUGAAUGUUCAUCAGAGACUAAUUUAUUGGAUAUUCAAGGAGAAUCGUCUUUAGAUCAAUUUAAUAUAUCUCUGUUUUCCAAUAAAAUACGACAAAAUAAUAAUCGUAUAAUAAAUGAAAAAGAUCAAUUUAACUCAAUAGAAGACUCAGCUUUAUAUUUGAAUAACAUGAAUAUUAAAGCUCCAAAAAUAUUAAAUGAAAAUUGGACAAAUGAUAUUAUUUACAUGAAUUGUUCAACUCCUUAUAUAAAUUGUACAACUAUUAUAUGUGAUUUAAGUACAUUGAAAACAUUACAAGAUAUUGGAAAGAUGACAAUUAAACUUUUUUUAAAUGUUGAUAAACUUAAAGAUAUUUUUAAAAACAAUAGAGCUAUUUUAAAAUAUGCUAUUGAGGUAAGCGCAGAAAUAAUAAAACCUGAUAAGAUGUUGUAUAUCAAUGGAACUCGAUCUACAAUGGAAAUUGUGACAAUAUUUUAUAAUAUUCCAAAAAUGGAAAAGUUACAGCCAUGGAUUAUUCUUAUCUCUAUUUUAAUAGGAAUAUUAUUAUUAUUUAUUUUUGCUGCGAUUUUAGGAACGUUGGGUUUCUUUAAACGAAAAAAAAAACAAACUUUAACAAAUCAGGAAUGUAAUAAAGUAAGUAAUGAAGUGAUAGGAAAUGAAGCUGCGAUUAUAAUUAAUCCUGAAAACACGUGAUAUAAUGAAUAAAAAGAACUUAUAAAAAAUAUUUAAAAAAUAUUUAUAUCGAAUAUUACGCGUAUAUUCUGUAAAAAGAAAAUUAUAUUUGAUAAACUUUUAAUAUUUAUUUACAUUAUAUUCAUAAUCUUCGAUGAAAAACGCCCAUAUAUGUGUACAAAUUUCUAUUUUUAUUAAUUAUAUCUUAUUGUACUUUCAAUUCGUACAUUGUAUUCAAACAUCUUAACUUGACAAAAACAUAUAAUGUAAAAACAUAUCUUAAACAUGUACAUGAAUCAGUAUGUAGCUAUUUACAUUUUCUUUUAAUUACAAACGAAAAAAUAAACGCAAUAAUUUGCAUUGCAUUAUAACAAUAUCCAGUGGAUUAAUUUCCCAUUCCUCACAACAAUAGUAAAAAAUUAUUUCUUUUACUUUUUCUUUUUUUUCUUAAGAGAUAUUUCUUUUAUAUAAUAAAUCAAAAAUUAUUAGUAAUAUAAUAGAAUGAAUUUUUCUCUUUCUUUUUUUUCGAAAAACUUAUAAUACUAAUACAAAAUAUUUUCGUCAUCUUAAUAACGUUUUUACAGAAUGUGAGCAUAAACUAUUAUUUUGAUAAUAAUCAAUUAUUUCUAGUUUAUAAAUUUUUAAUGAUGAUCUGUUAAACAUAGUAAAAAAAUUCAAAUUCUGUUGAACAAAUUCUGUUAUAUUGAAUAUAUUUAGUUUCAUUGUUUAGUUCCAUAUUCAUACUCAGAUCAGUUCCAUUUGUCAGUUGUGUCCUUUAAAAAGACACAAAAUGAGGGGGCGGUUAUAGCUUUUGAUUAAUCGCCAUCAGCAUCGCCCAAAAUUUUUUUGUGGUUUUAAUCCGCAAGAGUAACUAAUACGGUCGAGUAAAAUUCGCCUUUAUUCCGAUGUUAAUGUUGCUUGUUAACAUUAUGUGGACAUUGUAAUUAUUUGUCGUAGCAUAUUUCGUCGCACAUCGACAGGCUUCGACAAGGAAGGGGAUCAAACUUAUUUGUUAGAUUCCCAAUUGUCCACCAGAAUUAUUGUCUCUUGUUCUUUUUAUCUUCCCUUCUCAAAGGCGAGUCGACCAUUUUCAAAAAUAAAUAAAUUGAACAGGAUAUGAGGUAUAAUUAUUUUUGUUCUCUGGAUAUGCGUAGUGUAAUAAAAUAAUAUUGUUUCAUUAGAAGCGCACUAUUUAUGAAUACCAAUAUAUAAUUUAUACUCACAAGCUGUAGAUUAUCUGUUGAAGUGAUUUACGCAAUUUAAUGAAAUUACAUAACGAAGAAGGCGAAUAACAAUAUUCAUGUAUAUAAUUUGUGAGAAUUCGUGUAACAUGAUAUACCAAUUCUCAAAAUGACAUUUGAAGCUGGCUGACUCGUGUUCUGUUUAUUAUCAAUUAAAUUCGUUUGAAAAUAUUUUAUUAUAAUUUCAAUACCAAAUUUAUAAAAAAAAUUCAUUGCACUAUUAGAUAUAUCGAUUCUUUUAUUCUAGAUAUUUUAGUGGAUAUUUUCUUUAUUUUAAAUAUUAAAAAAAUUAUAUAAAAUUUGAUAAUAAAUACGAUCAACCAGCAUGAUACGAAGUAAGGUGAAAUAUGACCUUUUUAAGAUCAUAAGAUUUUUCUUUAAAUUGCUAUUUUAUAAAGUUUAAUGUAAACUAGUUGGUAUUGAGUACAUAAUGAUGUUCAUUUUAUUUGAAAUAAUAUAAUUAAAGAAAGGCACAAACAUUCUGUUUUCUAACAAUUACACAGUAAUGUAGACUCAUCUAUUUAAAAGCAUUACAGCACAACCUUGCACACAUUCUAGAAUGAAACAAAUAUAUUAUUACAUAUAGAUUACUCGAAUCAUGAUAUUAAAUAAACAUCACUAUGUACAUAUGAAAUAUAAUCGAACUAGUAGCACAAGAAGUUUAAACAUCAUUUGUAUCUCUUAUAUUGAACUUAAUGUAUUCGAUUUUCAUAUUCUGAUGCAAAAAUGAAUAUCUAAGAAUAUAUUUGUUAUAAAUAAUUAUGAGAAAUAAAAAUCCGGAGCACUUUCUUCGAGAUUUUAUCACAACUGGCACGAAAGUUGAGAUAUACAGAAAUGAAAGUAAAAAUUAAUCGCAUCGCACUAAUAUUACUUUUUCCGGGAAUAUAUUAAACUUAAAAAUCAUCGCAUUAAAUCUUAACUUAUAAGAGACAAUUAUUUGCAAAAUUAAAUCCAUGUUUGGACAUCUUAUUCGUUAAUGAUAAAAAUAUUCAUUUCUUGAUACAAAAAGAAGUUUGUUGUUAAAUACAAUACCAUGUAAAAUAAAUCGUUGGGGUUAUUUUAUAUUCUACAACAAUCUUCUUUUUGUUUGUUGUAAAUACACGUAUCCAUAAAGUAAUUUAAGACAAUUAUAUAUAUGUAUAUAUAUAUAUGUAUAUAUAUAUAUAUAUAUAUAUAUAUAUA